AUCAAGAUAUAGAUUAAAUUAGCAUAUAUAUACAUAUAUAAAUAGUAUCAUAUAAUGGCUUCAUUCAUUGAGAACUUUUCCAAGGUUUCCUUGGCAGAUGUAUCUUCAGCUACAGUUGAUGUUUCUUUGACCAACGAAGAAAAGGCCUUAGUUGCACAAUUCGAGACCUUGUCUGGAAGAUUCACUGAAGAACCAGAAUCAGUCAUUGCAUUUAACGAAUCUUUAAAGACCAAGACUUUUGUUGCUGGUAACUCCCCAUCAUCUGCCGACCUCACUGUUUUCGCUAAGGUUUUACCAUUGGCUAAGACUUGGACUUCCAAUGAAGACUUGGCCAAAUUCAGACAUGUUUUGAGAUGGGCUGAUUUAGUCCAAAACACUUUGGUUACUGUUCCAGAAGCCGACCAAUUAAAGGUGGAUUACGAAGCCAAGGUCCCAAGAGAAAUCAAGGAAAAGAAGAAGCCUGCUGCUAAGGAAGGUGACAAGAAGGAAGAAGGAAAGAAGGAAGCUAAGAAGGAAGCUCCAAAGAAGGAAGCUGGAAAGAAGGAAGCUGGUGUUGUUUCUGAAGAAGACAAGAAGGCCAACGCUGAAGCUGCUAAGGCUAAGAAGGCCGCUAAGGCCAAGGCUAAGGCCGAAGCUAACGCUAAGUCUGCUGCCGCUGUAGUCCCACCAAACCCAGCUAUGAUUGAUUUCAGAGUUGGUUUCAUUCAAAAGGCUGUUAAGCACCCAGAUGCUGACUCCUUAUACAUGUCCACCAUUGACAUGGGUGAUGCCGAAGGUCCAAGAACCGUUUGUUCCGGUUUGGUUAAGUACAUUCCAAUUGAAGAUAUGCAAGAAAGAUACGUUGUUGUCAUUGCCAACUUGAAGCCAGUCAACAUGAGAGGUGUCAAGUCUUGCGCCAUGGUCUUGUGUGCCUCUGACGAAGAAACCGUUGAAUUCGUCAACCCACCAGCUGGUUCUAAGGCUGGUGAAAAGCUUUUCUUUGAAGGAUUCGAUGGUGUUCCAGAAAAGCAAUUAAACCCAAAGAAGAAGGUCUGGGAAGCAGUUCAACCAGGUUUCUCCACCAAUGAAAACUUUGAAGUUACCUUCACUGAAGAAGGUAAGGCUCCAGUAAGAUUAGUCAAUGCCAGAGGAGAAUUAUGUAAGAACUCCAACAUUGUUAAGGCCAACGUGCGUUAGAUAGAAUAUAUAGCCAUUUUAAUAAGGUGAUGGAAAAAUGA